CUGAGUAACUUUGAGCAUCGCAUUGAUUACGCUGACUUCGAGAACAGAGCUUUCUUUUUGCUACUGCAUCGCUACAUGCGCAAUCUUCGAGAUCGUUGCUGCUAUACCACUGCUCUGAAUAUAGCAAAGCUGAUUUAUCGCUUGGAUCCAGUGCAGGAUCCGAUGGCUAUUAUGCUUACAAUCGAUACGAUUGCCCUGCAAGCAGGCGAAUAUGAUUACCUGAUUCUGCUUUACGAUACUUUAAAGAUGAUUGGCGAUAGUGAUUAUCCAUAUUAUUGCGUGGAUAAUACCCGUUUAAACGUAAAAAAUGUCGUUAAUUUUAAAUCAGAAAAGAGGAAACGCAAUUAUGUUGGUACACCACAAAACAUCAAACGGCAUGCCUAUCUGUGGGAAGUGAUGCAGAAUGCGGAUUGGAUAUUGACCGAUCCGGCACCGCCAUCCGAUGGCCGAUGUGGAUAUGCAAGGCCGGUGAGGGGGCGAAAUCAACCAAGUUUUUUCCUUACUGCAUUUUUAGAUUCGAUUUGGCCCAGCUACACUCCAAAUCAGGUAAAUGUUGGCUUGAUUAACUCGAACAGAAAUAGCAGUGAUGACAUUGCACAUAGAUAUAAUAUUAUUGAAACGGCAAGUGCAAAUCUGAAAUACAAGGGGGAAAAAAAAACAAUGUAAUU